UUCAGUCGUGAGUUAUCCAUCUCCUUCUUCCUGAAGCAGCGCGUUACAAGUGGCGCCCGAACAUUUUAUCUCUGGCCUUGGAUUUAACGCGAGGACACGGACGACGGACCGGUUUGUGACGGACGGCUCCGAAAAUGCUGUGAACAUCCAGCCAGUCAUGUUUUCCGGCCAGACGGAGAGCGCCAGUGGCAGUGCCGGGGUCAGGAGAGCGCCUGGAGACACAAGUUAAGUCGUUGAAGGAGGAAGUGGAAAUGCUGCGGAGGUGCCUGAGUGAGUCUCUGGAUCUUCAAAGAGGUAUUAUUGACCGUUGCACAGAAAACUUGCAUGUACCUGAUUCUUACCAAGUGCCUUCACAAGUCAGGCCUGUUGCUUCAUCUACUCCACAUGCUCAAGCACCAGCUGGUCACUUACAGGGGCCUUGGUCCUGUGAAGUAGAAAUGAACGUCAGAAACGAAAAUGCGUUUGGCCUGGCUCAAAGCUCUCACGAUUUGAAUAAUGCCACCAGAACUUUGGCCUCCGUCUUGCACCAAUCGAGACUGGAGCCCCCAGUGUUUGAAAAUGAUGAGAAGAUUCAACCUGAUGAUUGGCUUAUUCUUGUGGAUGCCUAUAGAACUUCUUUGGCUCUCAACGAUGCUCAAAUUUUGCUUGAAUUACCACGGUUCUUGGCUAAAGAGCCCAGGAAGUGGUUUGCGGUACUGAGUUCACAUGUCACAUCUUGGACACAGUUCUGCACCCUGUUCAAGACUGUGUUUCUCCCAGCAGAUAUCCAAGAGCGUGUCUGGAGGGGUAUUCUUGACCGUGUACAAGCUCAAGGAGAACCAUUUCCAACGUUUGUAGCACACAUGUUAUCUGAAUUCAAGAAACUAAAGUCUCCCCCACCAGAACAGGAGCAGAUUGAUCUUAUCUGCAAGCAUGCACUUGAGCGCUACAGAGUUGCACUGUACGGCGCACGUAUUACUUCAGUCAUAGACCUUGUGAUGUGUGCCCAUGAGCUGCACUCCGCUCUCGGCCCUGCCAGCCGUAAUGAACCAGUACUGCCGAAGAGCAAAAACAAGCAAGAGCCUUAUUGUUUCAGAUGUUCUGCGCCUGGUUUCACUUCAAGAAACUGUCCGAACUGUAACUUUACACAGCAGACUGUGUCUUUUACAGCCAGGGAUAUACGGACAAGUCCAGGCUCGAAUGAGCCACAGAGCGCUGAGGAAGACACUCAAGCUAGGACAUACGAGAACAGGGAGGAGCAAAAGCACAAUUCGGUUCGGCAGAAGGUAAACUUCAAAGGGGGGAGGACGUUUCACCGAGGCAAUCCUCCCUCCAGAAGAUAAAUGCGCCUCACCCUUGUCUUAUGUCCCCACCUGAGCCGCUUGUCCUCGGCCAUGUGGAGGACCGUACUUCUCCUUCAUUUUGGAACACACCGUUUAUGAUCAAGGUCAAUCUCUUUCAUAAAGCCAGCGACGCAGCACUGGACACCGGUGCCUCACUGUCAGCUGUUCGUACAAAUAUGAUUUCUGAUGAUUUACGACAUUCUCUGAAGGUUCAGCC